UUUUCCAUUUUCUUCAUCGACGAUUAUUUAACGUCACGACGACGACGAUCUACUAUCACUUUUUUUAGUAGUUGAAAUAGAUCAGUUAAGACUUAAGAAAGACUAAUAUCCUCCGGGAAUCCUCAAGUCCCAUUUGUACUUUUUAUACUUGGACUUUUAGACAUACGCCGCUAAAAGAAACAAAAAUGAGGUUACUUUCCAAUCAAAUGAAUAGACGUAUUCAAAUGUGUUAAAAAUUGGCUUGAAUGCGUAUUAGAGUAUUAUUACUACGAUGAUUUAAUUUGACAAAGAAAAUGACCGAGUCAUCGGAUCGCGUAAAAUCGACCCUUGAGGCAUCAUGUGCGGAUGAAGCAAAAUGAACGCAAAUUUGAAUAAAUCGACCCGAUUACGAAUUUACCCUACAUACACGCGGAUUUACUAAUUAAAUUUGAAGAACAAAAUUUGUGAUCACUGCGGUUGACAUGUCGGGACCCGGAAGAAACCUGAUGUGCUUCUCGUGAACAAACAAAAAGCUUCCCCUGCUGAUGUCACAUGUAAACAGUUAUACCACGGAUAGAACGCGUGCAGAGAUUAAAGAAAACGGACCGUGGAAAAUCUGUUUUUUUUUUUCGAAUAAUAAUGAAAGGAGGAGCGAACGUGAGAAGAUUUGUCGAUGCCCAGUCAACGCGUGAGAGUCUAGUAUACAGGAAACUUGUCUCAAUUGUGCACAGAAACGAAGGGAAUAGAAAAGAUGAACGACCCGGUUCAGCUGCAGAAGCAGAAUAGACUAGUGUACCAAAUAUUUUUACCAAACACAAUCAUCAAAUACUUAUAGAUCUAACUCAUCAUGUAAAGUCAAUAAGAAUCAUAAAAGAUCGUCUUUUAUCACGCCUUCCCGAAAACAAACAAACUAUUCUAUUGGCACAAUAAACACGCAAUUUGUCCUUUAAUACCUUGUAAUGGGUUAAUCACUUGGAAAAUCGGGCACCGCCUCUUUCCGACCCACAAACGUUAUAAGGUCCAGUCUACUGUCAUCAGUCUUGUACGAGUGAAUCAAUCAUGAAGACUUGUAAAAUUGAAUCUCGGACUUACUCUUUUCCCGUCACUGUUGUAAUCCUACUUUGUUUAUUGCUCGUUUUAGUGAUGAGCGAUCAAAGUUUUGAUACAGUUAACACUACAUCAAGUUGGUCCGCAAACGAGAUGUUGUUGUAUUCACCGCGAUCGGGGAAGAGUAUCCCCGGUAAGAAAUGGACGGACAAGUUACUGGCCCCGUUUCGUUCCUUAAUGGGAGCCCGAGCUUACGAUCCAUGGCGCUACUUUAUGUCAGUGAAGCGACGUCAGGUGAACGAACGGAGAUCUUUAUCAUCGCCAUCGGGAUUUUACUCAUCGUCGAUCCCGGCCGAGUUUGACGCCCGUCUUCGCUGGCCCAACUGCCCUACAAUCGGGGAGAUAUUCGAGCAAGGAUCUUGCGCUUCCUGUUGGGCUGUGGCGCCGACUGACGUUAUGAGCGACCGAAUUUGCAUCCACUCUGGAAGUCGACAUAUUGUACGCCUUUCCGCUGGCAAUUUAUUGAGCUGCUGCAAAUUGUGCGGAAAAGGAUGUAAAGGCGGUUUUCCUGGAGGGGCGUGGAUGCACUGGAAGAAACAUGGCAUCGUAACAGGGGGAUCAUACUCUUCAGAUUACGGUUGUCAAAAGUAUCAAUUCUUUCCUUGUUACCAACCUAGAACAAAAGGAUCGAUUAAAAAUAAAUGUCCAAAAACUGACAACACUCUAUUCGAAUGUCGGAAGACUUGUAGAACAUCGUACAAUAAAAGUUACAAACAAGACCUCUAUUACGGGGAGAGCGUUUACAGAAUACCUAACGACGUUCGGGCCAUUCAACUAGAAAUCAUGGAGAAUGGGCCUGUUCAAGCCAAUUUAAGGAUCUACGAAGAUUUUCUACAUUACAAAUCCGGUGUUUACCGGCAUGUACAUGGGCAAGGAUUGGAAUACCACGCUGUCAAGAUUUUCGGCUGGGGAAUCGAAGGUGGAACUCCUUAUUGGUUAGCGGCCAAUCCAUGGAGCAAGCGUUGGGGAAAUGGAGGAUUUUUCAAGAUUCUUCGAGGAUCCAAUCACGCAGAAAUCGAGGAUCAUGUUAUGGCAGGAAUCCCAAAAUUGGAUCCAGUUGAUGAAGAAGAGCAUUUUAAUUUAAUUUAAAGGUCGUAACUCUACAAUUUUCCAUGAACAAAAUUUUUAUUACGAAAAAUGUGCAUCAAGACAACUGGUUUAUGGAUCGAGCGUGCGAGAUCAUUCGUUUUGAAGAUAUCCUACUGUAUCAACUACUCGUGAGACGGAAAAUAAGUUAUUUAAAUUAAAACUUAAGCUAUUAAGUACCACUAGACUGUCAAGACAUUCACAAUACUGCUACAAAAAAAAACUGACUUAGUUCAAAGAGAA